GCGGUCUCUCCAUAAAGUUUGGUUUUAGCUAGGUCUUCUGCGAGCCUCAAGUGGCUGGUGCGACAGUAGUUUGAUCGUGCCGAUUCAAUGCAAAGUGCAGUGCAAGGUUUAAGAGCAGUGUUUAUCCGUUGAUCAACAUGGAGAAUAUGAUUAAUCAAUACAACAAUCUAGAUAUUGGUGGAGAGGAGAAUGAGCUGGUUUUUUAGGAGGGUGAAGUUGACACACAAGAGGACUUCGUCAGAGAGAUUUUUCCAGUAGUGGACACAAUUAUCACCGAUAAAAUGGUGAAAUUCCAGAUUUUCAAACCUCUAAUGGCUUCAAUAUGGUGUCCGAGUAGAGGAGUCUUGAUCGAGGAAAUCGAGGAUAAGAGGUAUCUCUUCACUUUUUAUCAUAUAGUUGUUAUGAAUCGUGUUUUGGAGAAUGACCCAUGAGUGUUUGAACAAAAUCUAGUGGUUUUAAAAGCGAUAGAACCAUGGUAUAUUCCUAUGAAGGUCUCUUUGAAUACAACGGAAUUUUAAUUUGGGUUCAGGUGCAUAAUGUGUUAUAUGGCUAUAUGACUUUAGAGGUAGCAAAAAGAAUUGGUAAUCUUGUGGGGAGUUUUAUUAAACUGGAUGAAGGUCAAUUUGACGGGAAAGUGGGAAGCAUGUAUGCGUAUAAGAGUCUGAUUGGAUGUGGGAAAAUCUUUAAAGAUUGGAACUACAUCCAAAAAGGUAAGUGGAAUGGAUAUUGGUGGAUUUUAAAUAUGCAAAAUUGCCUAGUUUACGCUUUGUGUGUGGAGUCAUUGAUCAACUUAUGUCCAUUGGCAUAUGAGAAAGGGGAUUUGACUCUAGAGAAUGUUUUUGGGUCAUGGCCUACAGCUGGAGGAAGGAAACCUCGUCUCACAGCUUCAAACAAAUGGCUUGUUGAAGAGGGGUCUUUAUCGACUGGAAUGGGCUACAAGCAUGCUGAGCAUAGGCAAGACAUGGCGGACUAGCAGGCUUGACAGACGGUGGAAGGGAAUCAGGGUUGGCCAAUCACAGUACUAGAAAAUGAGGAAGGAAAGGCCAGAGAAGUUGGAACAUCUAGCACGUGACUAGACCAUAAAAGGAGAAGGAUGUGAGAGGAAAGACAGGAGAAAUCGAUUAUAAUGAAGACGGAAUGGCUCUUGAUGAGCCAAAGAUGGGAAAGGGGCGGGUGCUGACUAUCGGACCCAUAUGAGUCUUUGAGAGUUGUUGCUUCUCGUGAAGACUAGCUACUACUCCUCGUGAUUUUAGGGAGGCAGGCUCCCUCUACUUGUUAUGUUUUUCUUAUUGUUUUUUAUUUUAGUGAGGAUGCUUUUUGGUUUUGUUUCAGAUUUUU